UACUCAUCCGUUUUAUUGACCGUACCUACAAAAGUUCACCAAAGCUCCCGUGCGAAUCAAGAUGACUGACACCGCCACCGAUGUUGCCGCCGUACCCAUGGCAUCGCCAACCAAGACCCCGAAGAAAAGCAAGGCCACCAAGGGAGACAACAAGAAGCCAAAAGUACCUGCCGCUCAUCCACCAGCGAACGAAAUGGUGAUGGCUGCUCUUAGGACCCUAAAGGACCGAAAGGGAUCCUCCCUGCAGGCCAUCAAAAAGUACAUCGGUGCUAACUACAAGUGCGACAUGGCCAGGAUUUCCAUCUUCAUCAGGAAGGCUCUGAAAACGGGCGUCGAGAAGGAAACCCUGAUCCAGACUCAAGGAACCGGCGCCUCCGGAAGGUUCAAACUUAAAGACAAGAAGGUUGUCGCUGAAAAGAAGCCCAAAAAAGUUGAAGCUGAGAAGAAAAAGACUACCAAAAAAGCUACUGGUGAGAAGGCCAAAAAAGCUACCGGUGAGAAAGCCAAAAAAGCUACCGCAAAAAAGACAGUCGACAACAAGAAGAAGAAGCCCAAAGUAACUGGUGCCAAGCCAACCAAAAAGGAAGGAACCGCGAAGAAGAAAACUGCUGUUUCUAAGCAGAAGGCCACCACGCCAUCGAAAACGGCUAUGAAGAAGCCAAAGACUCCAAAGCCGAAGAAGGUCGUCGCUGUUAAGAAAGUUGCUUCGAAGAAGGUCUCCGCCAAAAAAUAAGGUUACGAAAGGCGCCGUCGAAGUGUGAAAACACAAAACCUGUACAAAACAGUCCUUUUCAGGACUAACAAA